AUGUCAGAUCCAACCGAUCAAACAACAACAACAACCACAACAACCAGUAGUGCAGCAGCACCUACUGAUACAACAACCACAACAAAUGAUCUUACGAUGAAUGAUCUCGAGAGCAAAAAUGAUAAUGAUUCAAUCCCAUCAACCUCUAUGUUAUUCCCGGAUGUUACUCCCAACAACACUCAUCCUGAUCCACUCCCAUCCGAUUUAUUCCUAGCAACUCUAGCUGCAUCUAAGAUACCGAUCUCUUCUUCCAUCGCUUCAGUAAAAGUUCAAGACAAUCGAAAAACAGAACAAGAAGGAUCAUGUCCAAUAUCUGUCUCAUACGUCGAUGGUAAUUUGUUGUCACAAUAUAUAUUAUUUAUGAUGUCUACCAAACUAUCGAUUGACAAUUCAGCUUUAGGAUCAUUGAAUGGAUAUACGGAAAUCACAUAG